AUGGAACUAGCUCGCCAUCAAGCUCAACGAGCCUUGAUGGCAGUUGCGGGCCCAUCGCAUUCAAUCAAGGUUGACCCUGGACCACCAGCCUCAGGACAAGGUAGUCCUUCAUCGGAUGGUCACAAUGUUAUGGAGUUCGAUCCUGGAAAUGAGGGUGUUCCCAGCCCAGUCUUAUCCGAUGCCAGUAUGGCCACCAAUGUCGAACCUCCGCCUGUGCCCAUUGAACAACCUUACAAAUUCAAAACCGAAUUUCACCCUCGCAGUGGUCGUCAAACACUCUAUCAACGCUUCGAGGAGUUCGGCAUCACUCCUGAGACGCAAGUGCUUCCUGCAGAGCAAGAACCAUGGCGUCCAUUCCAAUCACGCGCAGAUUUCGAGUUCUCUGAAAUCGCUCUCGACGCUGCUCUCAACAAGAACCAAAUUGACUGGCUGCUCAACCUCAUGGCCCAAAUAUCACAGGGCCAAGCUAAAAUCACGCUGAAAAAUGAUGGACUAGGACGAAAGCAGUGA